AUGGGAGGCUCUCUCGAAUCAUCUCGUCCGAUGAUGGCUUCUAGUGUAGGAUCAAAACGCGCAUCUGCCCGCUACAGCACCUACAGCACAGCACCCUCUGUUGCCAACACCGUCAAGACAACGCUCUCCUCCGCUUCCGCGACCCAAGAAAUCAAAGACAUUGAGGAAGGCCUGAAUAAGCUUGAGAACAAGAAAUUGGCCAGUCAGCGUUUCGUCCCUAGCCAAGAGAAGUCCGAGAGUCUGAGCAAGUUGGCAUUGGGAGCGAAGUUGGAGAGAGCUCUGGGCCGACGAAUGGGUAGCCAGGAUGCCGUCAUGAGAGACAGAAGGAAGACGGUUACGAACAAGGAUGGGGAGCUGAGCGAGAAAACUGCCCUUGCUUGA